CCUUUGAACAUAUCUUGCGAAGACAAUCCCCUGACGCCUUGCCCAAGGUUUGCGCUAUCUCCAAAAUGACUUCAAGGCACACAGCAAUGAGAAAAACAAGAUAAUAGGAGAAAGGGGAAAUUAAGCCACAUGCCUGUGGAAUCAAUGUGGAUAAACAUGAUUGUACUGUAAAGGGAGAGUGAAAAUCUGGCUUUAUAUUUCACAUCAUAAAAGCAUAUUGCAGUAUACAAUACAAUCAUACCAGCAGUUUAGAAGAGCUUCAGUCUGAAAACUCCUCUUACUAGAUAUCAAAGAACACACACAGAGGAUGAGCUACAUAACUACAUAGAAUGUGGAAAGUGCUUCUCUGAGACUGGAAUUCUGCAUUCCCAUCAAAAAGCUCACACAAGGGAGAUGCCAUAUAAAUGCAAGGAAUGUGGAAAGAGUUUCAAUCAGAAUGGACAUCUACUUGUCCAUCAAAGAACCCACACAGGAGAGAAGCCAUAUACAUGUAUGGAAUGUGGAAAGUGUUUCAUUACGAAUGGGCAUCUGCGUGUCCAUCAAAGAACUCACACAGGAGAGAAGCCCUAUACAUGUAUUGAAUGUGGAAAGAGCUUCAGUGAGAGUGGACAUCUUUAUUCCCAUCAAAGAACUCAUACAGGGGAGAAGCCAUAUAAAUGCAUGGAAUGUGAAAAGUGCUUCUCUCGUAGUGACAUAUUACAUGUGCAUCUGAGGACCCACACAGGGGAGAAGCCUUAUAAGUGUGUGGAAUGUGGAAAGAGCUUCUCUGACAGUGGAACGCUGCAUUCCCACCAAAGGGCCCACACAGGGGAGAAGCCAUUUAAAUGCACGAAAUGUGGCUUGAGCUUCAGUCGGAGUAGACAUCUGCAUUCCCAUCAAAGGACCCACACAGGGGAGAAGCCAUAUGAAUGCAUGGAUUGUGGAAAGAAAUUCUCUCAGAGUACGAAUCUGUAUUCCCAUCAAAGAACCCACACAGGAGAGAAGCCAUAUAAAUGCACAGAAUGUGGGAAAAAUUUCAGUUCGAGUGGACAUCUGCAUUCUCAUCAAAGGACCCACACGGGGGAGAAACCAUAUAAAUGCCUAGAAUGUGGGAAAAGCUUCAGUGAGAGUGGACACUUUCGUUCCCAUGGAAGGACCCACACAGGGGAGAAACCAUAUAAAUGCAAGGAAUGUGGAAAGAGCUUUAAUCGGGGUGACCGCUUGCAUUCCCAUGAAAGGACCCACACGGGGGAGACACCAUAUAAAUGCAUGGGAUGUGAAAAGAGCUUCAGUCAGAGUUACCAGUUGCGUUCCCAUGAAAGGAUCCACAAAGAGGAUAAGCUGUAUAAAUGCAUGGGAUGUGGAAAGUGCUGCGGUCAGAAUGGAGAGCCAUCUUGCCGUCAAAUGACCUACGCAAAGGAAAAGCCAUAUAAAUGCAUGGAAUGUGGAAAGAAAUUUAGCCAGAAUGGAUCUCUGCAUUCCCAUCAAAGGUCCGAUACAUGGGAGAAGCCAUAUAUAUGCAUGGAAUGUGGGAAGAGCUUCCUUAAUGCUUGGUCAUGUACUAGGCAUCAAAAAACACACACAGGGGAAAAACCAUAUAAAUGCAUAGAAUGUGGAAAGAGCUUCCAUGAUGGUCGAUCAUACAGUAGACAUCAAAGAACUCACACUGGGGAGAAGCCAUAUAAAUGCAUGGAAUGUGGAAAGAACUUCAGCCGAAGUGACAGGCUGCUUUCCCAUCAAAGGACCCACACAGGGGAGAAUCAUAUUAAUGCACAAAAUGUGGAAGGAACAUCAGUAAUGGUGGAACAUGCACUAGACAUCGAAGAAUACAUACAGCAGGAAUCCAUAAAUGCAAUGUGGAGGCAGUUGCAUUUGGAGAGCAGUGUUGUAUUCCCUUCAGUGGACACAGAGGAGAAGCCAUAUAAAUGAAUAUAAUGUGGAAGAGUGUGAUGGUAGAACACACACUAGUUAUUAAAAAAACUCACACAAGAUAUAAGCCAUAUAAAUGUGUAGAUUAUGGAAAGGACUUCAAUCGGAGUGAUCAUCUGCAUUCCCAUCAAAGGACCACAUACAGGAGAAGUAAUUUAAUGCUUGGAAAUUGACAUCGGUUCUAACUCAAUAAAAAUAACUCAUGAAAAUUUGUGAAUUAACUGAGAUGGCCAAAUGGAUGGUGCUGAUCAAGGAGUAACUUUAAGAAACACUGAGACUUUAAACAUUUUUAACAGCAAAGAUGGGGGUAAACUUCAACGAUCGAUUCUCUGAUUUAGAAGAGUGUUCUUAAAAUAGAAGGGUGGACAUAUAGUGAUCUUUAAAGGGAUCGGACAAUAAGAAGUAGGAAUCAACAGGCAACGAGUGUGAGGCUUGUAGAUUCAUUCUAGUACAGUAGAGUCUCAGUUAUCCAACAUAAACAGGCUGGCGGAAUGUUGGAUAAGCGAAAAUGUUGGAUAAUAAGGAGGGAUUAAGGAAAAUCCUAUUAAAUGUAAAAUUACACUAUGAUUUUACGAAUUAAGCACCAAAACAUCAUGUUUUACAACAAAUCAACAGAAAAAGCAGUUCAAUACAUGGUAACAUUAUGUAGUAAUUACUGUUAUUUACAAAUUUAGCACCAAAACAUCUGAAUGUAUUGAAAGCAUUGAUUACAAAAACAUUGACUACUUAAAGGCAGACUGCGUUGGAUAAUACAGAACGCUGGAUAAGUGAAGGUUGGAUAAGUGAGACUCUACUGUAGUUAUACGUUUAGAAUGUGUUUAAUAUUGUGGGGGUUUUAGGUUAGGGUGACUGUCAUAGAUAUUAUAGUUGUGUUAAUUGCUAUAUAUCAUGAAAAAUUGUUUUCUUGCUAAUGUCUGCUUUCUUGAUUUUUUUCUUUUUGUAUUUUUUGGGCGAGUGGGCUUAUUAACAAAAGACCCUCUCCAUAAACAUAUAGCAGAGUAACUUAUUAGCAGCAGUGUGACCCAGCACCAGUAGCCAAAAGUGAUAAAAAGAAUAAAACACACCAACGUUAUCUCUUCCUUAGGAGGCUUUUCUUUAUAGCAAAAUAAUAUGGUUGCACUAUUUACAAAAACAAGGUUUCUAUAACACAAAGUUCUUUAUACAGAAGAGUCUCGCUUAUCCAACAUAAAUGGGCCGGCAGAACAUUGGAUAACCGAAAAUGUUGGAUAAUAAGGAGGGAUUAAGGAAAAGCCUAUUAAAUGUCAAAUUACGUUACCAUUUCACAAAUUAAGCACUGAAACAUGUUUUACAACAAAUCAACAGAAAAAAGCAGUUCAAUACACGGUAACGUUAUGCAGUAAUAAUUACUCUAUUUACGAAUUUAGCACCAAAACAUCACAGUGUAUUGAAAACAUUGACUACUAAAAAUGACUACAAAUAAAGAUAGAAUUGCAUAGAAUGAUCUUACAGUAACAACAUUGUUGGAAGUUUAAUCUAUAAAAAAUUUAGUCCUGUGAACAUUUUAAAAAAUCUGCCUAGCAAAACAGUUGUGGAUCCAGGCGGGAGGCAGACUGCAUUGGAUAAUACAGAACGUUGGAUGAGCGAAAAUUCGAUAAGCAAGACUCUGCUGUACUUCCUUCCAUCUUUGCUUCCACGCUAGGCUUAUUUCUCAUGCAGAUAAACAGCUUCGCUCCCACAAAGCCUCCCCUUACACCGAACUUACACAGGAGCUUCACACAAUAGCUUUACACAGCAUCCUUCACACUGGAGCUUCAGUGGUUCAAAUAUGGGGAGCGCAGGUCAGCUCCAAUUUCCCAUGCAGGGACAUGGGAGAAGCCUCCCACAAAGAUGGUAAAACAUCUAAUAUCUGGGUGUCCCCUGGGCAAUAUCCUUGCAGACAGCCAAUUCUCUCACACCAGAAGCGACUUUCAGUUCCUCACUCACUCACUCACAGGUGUCACAAUUUCUACGCCUCAUACUUUGGCCCAGCUCGCCCUUGAUUACAUUUUGUGCUGUUUUAUAUUCUGUUUUAUUAUGCUACUGUUAUUUUGUUUUACUAUGUUACUGUACCAGUAUUUUUACCGUAUGUUGUUGGGUGUCUUGUAUGUAUUUUAUUUUGUUUUUAUUGUAAUUGUUUGGGCUUGGCCCCAUGUUAGCCCUCCUGGAACAGCAAUUCCAAUGAUAUCAAUACAUCGAUUUAACCAUGUGGAAAGCCUGGUUCAAACUUCUGUAUCAUUUCCAUCUGUUUUGUUGGUUAGAAUAGACCAUUUCCUGUACCAGUCUUGUUUUGUAUGACUAUUCAUAUCCUUGUUUUUCCUUUGAUUAAUGAAAUCAUUAUGUAUUCUGGGAGAUAAGACCGCCAAGUUUCCACAUCCCAUCUUUUAUUGUCUCUCCAUCCUAGGAACAUUGUACCCUGUAUUGCGGCUAUCGUAUGUUUUAGGAUUUCUCUCCAUUUGUUGUUGUCUUCUUUUGUCCCUAUAGUGAGAGACAUAAGGUAAAGAUAAAGGUUGCCCCUGACGUGGAAAAAAUACAUGAAUCAGUACAAAAAAUCUUCAAAACAAACUUUCAACUGAAACCUGAGUACUUUCUAUUAGGAAUGACCGAUAUGAACUUUAAUAAGAACCAAGAGAUUCUAUUCAACUAUUUUAUAACAGCUGCCAGAAUAGUUUAUGCAAAGAAAUGGAAAUCAACAGAAUUACCAUCUAAAGAAGAAUGGAUAUUAAAGAUUAUGGACAUAAAGAACAUGGACAUUUUGACAUAUCAUUUGAAAACCCAUCAGGGUAACCAGUUAAAAAAACGGACUGGACAUUACUGAUAACUUACAUAGAACAAGAACUUUUUAUAAACACACAAAGACGGAGUGGACAUAUGAACAGUAAUUGACAUAAAAUACUUUUAAUCCCACCUGGAAGGAAGGACAGGAAGUACAAUCCUCUUUUUUUUUUUUCUUUUAUCUUAUUUUUAAAUUUUUAAUUAUUUUUUCUCUCUCUCUUUAUUUCUUUCUCCCCCCCCUUUCACUUUCUUUUCUAUAUAUCACCAUUGUUCUCACACUUUUUAUGUUCAA